AUGGACCAUGCCGAUACUUCGCCUUCGGAUUCGGAGGAAUCCUCCGAAGAUGAUGGUGCUUAGCGCAGAAUCAAAUAAGCGGGCAUUUUUGGUAGUAUGCGAAUAUAGCCUAAUUGGCCCAUUUUUGAUGGUUUGGCAACCACGCAACCUUUUUGAGUUCGCAGUUCAGAAUAAAUUACACAUCUCAACAGAUGGUCAUCUAUGUGGGGAGGGGGGGUCGGUGAUUGAAGUACGUAAUAGGUUAUGGGCAAAUCUCAACGUGCUGCCGUUGGAGGGUCACAGGAUCCGGCAGUCUCUCCCGCAAGACGUUUUACCCGGGCAUCCGCACGUAACAGCCCCCUAGAGGCAACUCAUCCCGCAAGCAGGAAUCCAUCGCCCAUCCGCAAUCCCACAAAGAAAGUGACAAAACGGAAGGGAUCUCGGGUCUCGCCACUGCUCCAGCGACUCCGGUCCAUCACAUCAGAGUGGGAGAAAGAGCGCGAUGCUCGUGGUCAAAGCAUGAAGCCAACAUCUUCCACUCGAAGGGCAGUGCUUCAGGAUUCAGAGGGCCCUUUGGAGGAACAUGAUGAUAGGGAUGUUCCAUCACUUUAUGAUCCGACGGCACUGACACAGGAUGACGAUGAUACAAUCCCCCCCACACAAGCAGAUGACGAGACACUUCCGCCGACGCAGGACAUGGAGACUGCAGAGAGUGAUAUGCCACUCUUGGAUGAAGGGCCAGGCUCCGACCCCACUCUGAUGACAGGAACAGAGGCGGGCAAUAUGGCACCAUUGGACGAGAUGACAUCGCACGACGCUGGUUCGUCAAAGAAAAAGCAGGGGAGAGGGGCGGCACGAAUGCCGCGUGGAUGGGGAAAAGAUCACAGGAUGCUUGUAUUCACAUCGCCGGAUGGUAAAAGCAUCGUCGGACCCGACGUAAACGAGUACAAGACAGCCAUUGGGGUCAUUGCACGCAACGGAGCUCGACUUCCUCUACAUUACCCCACGUUCGCUGAGAUACCGGAGACGAAGAGACAGGGUGCAUGGAUGGAGGUUCAGAGUAACAGCGGAUUACCAGACUCAGCGGAGAAAGUGGUCUUGGCUGACCUAAGGGAAGUUUGGAGGCACUGGAAAUACAGCAUCAAAUCAACUUACUUCAAUCCGAUCGAGGACGAUGAAGAAGCACUGAAGAAGGUUCCCUCAAGCAGGAUUGUGCCCGAUCAGUGGCCGAAGUUGGUUGAGUAUUGGCGCGACGAGAAGGUGAAGCUUCAAUCCAAGAAAAAUGCGUCGAACGUAGCGAAAAGAAGCUUUCCACAUCGUACUGGGCGGAAGUCAUUCACGACUCUGGCAGAGGAGAUCAAGGCAAAGGGGAAGGACCCCGACAAUCUGGAGAUUUGGAUUUCCAGUCGCACACAAGGCAAGGGAAAGGAUGACCAAGAAACCGAGGAGAUAUUGACUUAUUUACAGAAUGAGCUAAACAAGGUUCCCCCUGAAGGGCGGACUCCCUCUGUUCGGGAGACUCUGUACCGACGGGCCCUUGGGGGAAAGAUUAAGAAGCGGUCAAAGGUCGACAGUGCGGCAAGUUCAGCUCAUCCCCGCAGCGAGUCAACUGGUUUAACAGACAGUGUAGCAUUCCAGCAUGGGUGGGAACAACUACAGAAUGGAAUGGAGGAGCUGAAGGCAAUGAUGGAUGAGUUCAAAACCAUCAAGGCUGAUGUGUAUGCAUUCAUGCACAGAAACUCCGGAGCGGUUACUGGCCAGGCAGGCACAUCUCGUAUUGAUUCAGUCCCUGAGAUUCCCAGGCCUGUGUCCGAGCCAAGCAUGACGGUCGGCACACAUGUGCUUCUAUUAUCCCGCACCGGUGAGAAAAAAGUUGUUGCAGAGGGACUUCUGCUCUGCCCCCCUGGGCCAGGUGACACACUUUCCUUGGUCAAGGUCUUCGUGACAUCCGCGUCAGUCCCGGACACACCCCUUAUUUUGCCGACCAUUUCUGGGGCGACUACCCUUCGCGAUGUCGUCGGCGAAGAUCCUAUUGAGUGGAGCUACAAGGACCUCAUGCGCCGGGCUUGAAAUGUUGGUACCGAUACACCCAUGUUAAUUGCCCCGUUUGUCAUAUGGAUUGAAUGUCGAACCUGUCUUUGGAUGGAUUGUCUUGAGUUUUUGUUGAACUAUGUCUGGAAUUGAUGCGUAGACCUUUGUGGUUUGAAUUCGUAUGGUGAAAAAUGUGCCUAAUGGGAUUGAUGGAUAACCGUAUUUGCUUAUUGCGUUGUUUACUUGUGUUUGAACUGUUAAGCACGUUUUGCGGAACAGGUUGUUGAUGUGUAGAUACUAGUAGGCUUGUUCUAUGGGUUGCUUUACUUUGUUUGUAGGUAUGGAAUUCAGAUUUUAAUAUGAAUUAAUGUUUGCGCGGGGCGU